AUGACGAGGUGGAAAAGUGUUAUUUUUACGUUUAUUUUAGUUUAUUUCGUCGGAAACUAUCAAGUUAAGUACGUUGACGCCUCAGUUACCGACAAAUGGGGAAACCAUGUUGCCGACGACGGUUCUGUAACAUGGGUUGACAUUCCUGUCGGCAAUAAAACGUACGUAACGACUAAUUCCUACGAUGACGGCGGGCUGGGACAGAUCUUUGCUUUUUCGAGAAGUUUUAUAAAUACCGUUCAACCAUCCAAUUUCCCUCUAGAUGUGUUAGAAAAAGCUCUGAAUGGAAGUUUUGACAUCGGAAAGGACUAUAUGGAGCUGGUGGACUACUCUAUGGGAUUUGCGAUCUGUUUUGCUAUUGGUUUACUGUUUGUGAUAUUACUUCCGCUGUGUGGUUGCUGCAUAUGCUGCUGUCGUUGUUGCUGUGGUAACUGUGGAGGGGACCUCAAGGCGGUAUACAACAAGAAUGAGGACUGUAAAAGGAUGGGUCUGGCACAAGCAUUAUUUCUUAUGGUUGUUUUAAUGGCUGGAGCAGCAGGUUGUGUUUGGAUGACGAACGGUCGGUUUACUACGGCCAUUGACUACACGGAGGACAAUCUAAUCACUAACCUAGACGAUCUGGAAACAUUUUUUGAAAAUAUUGUUGCUCAAUUUCAAUACCUGUCACAAGACAUGUAUAACCUGAUACAGACUGCGAUUGUUGACGAUAUAUCAGAUAUGGGAGGAGUGAUAGAAGAAGCUAUUUUCAACAACCUUGGCAUAGACGCAGUUGUGGUUGCUGUUAUCGAACUGGACACAACGAUAUGCAAUAUCAGCGAUACGCUUGCACAAGUAAUCUCCGACCAGAACACACUGAUUUCCGCGGCCGACAACCUGACCACGGCAAUGAACGAUCUUGGCACGGACAUUGAUACCACGAAAUCUACAUGCUCUUCUUCCGGUGUUGCAUGCCAGACGGCUUGCGACAAUAUGGACACUACGGCUCUGAAAUCUGGGAGCGCAGAUUUCAGUUCGCUGCCUGAUCUGACAUCAGUCCAGUCCAAUGUUGAUGAUAUAAAGAAUAUGAAUCUCUCGGACAUAGCCCAGUCUGCAAACGCUUCGAUACAGGACGUAUCAACUAUUGUCAACAACAACACUGCAUCAAUCAAAGCUGAUGUAAAUACCACGAUGAAUGAGUUUGCCGGUACAAUCGGUAACAUGACGAACGACCUUAUCGAUGCUCUGAAUGGGACAGUCGACUCGUCCGGGUUAAAAACUGGCCUAGGAGAUUUCUUUAGUAUGGUCAAGAACUAUGACGGAUACAGAGUAUACUUCGGGUACGCUUUGACGGCAUUGUUUACUAUCAUUGUGGUUCUGGCUUUACUUGGGAUCUGUUGCGGCUGCCUCGGACAGGACUCGGAAAAGUUACCUACAGAAAGAGGCGCAAUGUCAAACUGUGGAGGGUGUCUGCUCAUUAUACCUGUGGUGAUGAUGUUUGUCGUUGGGUCCUUAUUGAUGUUACUAACGACCUUGAGCUUUAUGGUUGGAGGCAACAUGGAGAAACUGUGCCAACCCCUGCAGGACUUGACUUUAUUCAGCGAGUUUAUUGACAAAGGAGCUAUAGGCGGUCUUAGUAUAGGGGAAAUGCUGCAUAACAACAAAUCCUAUAAACUUGGAUUUUAUGACCUUCUUCUGGGAUGUCGUGCAAACAAGUCUCCGUUCAAAUUGCUCGGCCUCGAUCAUCUUCUACCCCUAGAAGAAUACCUGAAUCAUUCACAGUAUACAUCAACUCUAAAGGGCGAUAUGUCCGGAAUGUCUUCCAUUGAUCUGUCAAGUUUUUCUAUAUUGACUCGAGACAUGGAAAACGCCUUGACUGACAUGCAAAAUUCUGGCCUGUCAGACAUAGACUUUGCCGCUAUUAACAGCACGUUAAGUCAGAGCGUAGUCAGUGUUGAUUUUGAUGCACUAAUUACGGCUAUGGAGACCAUUCGAGACUCGUGCAGUGGCGCUACAUAUACAAGUUGGGACAAUCAUAUUACUGACAUGGAGACUAUACGUGACGUCACUUAUCCCGCAGUUACUACCGCGCAGACUAAUUUGAAGGAAUCCAUUGCGCAGUUGGAAUCUCUUUUAAGUGGAUUAGAUGAAAAAAUAAACAAUACAUUGGAAACUGCCAGGCAUGCAGACGACCAAUUACAAAACAACGUAACUGCUGUAAUAACAGAUGCUAUAGACGACUUUGUCACGAGGAUAACUACGUACCUGGAACAGUAUGGAGAUGAAGCUGUCGAUAUGGUUUAUAAUGAAUUUGGAAGAUGUUUGCCAUUAUGGAACCUGUAUGAUUCAGUUACAUCUAUUAUAUGUAAAUAUAUGGUUGAGUCACUGAAUGCAUUUUGGUUUGGCACUGGUUGGGGAUUGCUAUUCUUCAUACCUGUGAUGGUAUUGUCCAUGAAACUGUCAAAGUAUUACAGGAGAAUGGAAAAACAAGAAGGAUUUAAAGAAGAAGAGGAUCCGUUGGACGAAGACAUUGAUGAUUUUGAAGUCCGUUACGAUAUGAUGAGAAGACAAAACAAGGUUGCCCCAGACCCGGAUUUCAUGGAUUGAAGAGUGCAUUUAUUCUUAAGAGUACUGUGUGGAGUUAAUAUGAGCCGUGCCAUGAGAAAACCAAC